AUGUACGUAUUUAAGCCGCAUGUUUUUACUGAACAUUCGCCGCAUAGUAUUGCGAAACCUCUAGGAAGAAUGAAAUCGAAGAUACGAUGUGACGGUAAAAAUUUAUAUAUUUACAGCGGUGAAGAUCCGAAUUCUGUUGAACAUCGAGAUGAAUCGGGUAAUAUUUUAUUCUUCACAUCAAAACCAGAAUUUCGGGAUAUCUGGGUGUACAAUCUAGCUAGACAACAAUGGAGAUUAAUGACAAUUGACAGUAAUUUACCUGAUAGUAAUGAUUUCAUUUGUGGUACUAUUUUUGAAUUGAAUUAUUUAGUUAUUUGCACAAUACAAAGGCCUUCUAAUCUCGAACCGUCAAGCCGCAACUGUCGGUUACACAUAUGUGAUUUAAACACCAAAAGUGUACUUGUCCAGGGGACAACUGGACAAAUUCCAUCUCCUACAUUUGCAAACAAUUUAAUUCGUCAUGGAAAAUAUUAUUAUACUGUCGGAAUCACAAGAAUUGAUGAAGACUUUUCCGAUGUAUAUAAAUUAAAUACGGAAAACGGUGUAUGGGAAGUUGAUUAUAUCUGUCGAAAACGCGAUUACUAUAGACAAGAUAGUAAAUCAAGUCAUACUUUAGUUUAUGGUAACAAUAUGAUAUAUAUAUUUGAUGGUGAUACUGAUGAUUCCGCCUUUGAUGUAUUUUCUUUUGUCCGCUGCUGGAAAAUGCUUGACACUCAUGGUGAUGAAAAUCACAUACCGCAGUAUCCAACUGAAAGAAAAGACAUCGGGGUGACAAGUUACACUGAUCCAGAUUCUGAGGAAAUAAAUGUAAUAAUAUCUGGAGGAACAAAUUGUGAUGAUAAUGCUUUGAAUGAUGUCUGGAGAUUGAAUCUCACGAGUUUAAAAUGGACGUGUCUUGAGAGAUUUGGUACUGUCUUACCUUGUCACAUUGAUAGUCAUUCAAUGAAAGUUUCUCCUGCUGGAAAAUUAUUCACAUUUGGUGGAUAUAUUUUUAAUAAUGAUACGCAACAAGGACUUUGUUUAUCUACUUUACACUCAAGUUGGCUCAGGAUUCCCAAACUCACAGAUAUUUGUUGGGAAGCUGUUUUCCAUUACUAUCCAGGCUUGAAAUCAAUGACUGACAAAGAAAUAAAGUCACUCGGUAUACCGCCACACUUCCUCAAGUCCCGUAUUAAUUAA